AUCACAGGCAAUGUCCCGAACAUUUGUAUUUAUUUUUCGCAUGUAUUAAUAAAAUAUUUUUUUCUUGGCAUUUUUCUGGGACCGCGCGGUCUCAGAAAUCUGGUGACUUUAUAACCUAUUUCUCUUGGUAAAAUGACAGUCUCUAUGUAUAUAUAUAUUAACUAACUUUUGAAUAUUUCACUUCUUGUAUAAAAUUUAUCAAUCAUGUCAUCCGAGCUUGAAGUAUUGAAACAGCGUAUCGUUGAACUUGAGGCUAAGAAUGCCGAGCUUGAGGCAGAAAAAGCUGAACUUUUAAAGUGGAUUAUGGAGGAGAAUACUAGACGCGAUGUUAGAGUUGAGGAACUGGAGCAAAAAAAUAAGGAGCUUGAGACCAGACUUGCAAUAGUGGAACAAUAUCCUAAUCUAUAUAAAGAAUGUAGUAGUGAAAAUUUCGAUUAUAAUGGGAUUACUGAUGAGACAUCAUGCGGGGACUAUAUCUGCCCAUUAUGCAAAUUAGGUCAUGAUGAUGAAGAAAUAGAAGGUAGGUAUAAAGCAGGAUUUUACUUUAUUAAAUGUGAACAGCGUGAAAUUGAGAUAGUUGCAUAG